AAGGAUUCUGCAUUACAUUUUCUGCAUCUGAGAACCUAAUUAUUCCGUUUAACGUUCAUAGACAUCAACAUGAAGUAUGGCAGCUCUGUCAUUUGCAUCAGCGUUUUGCUACCUCUAAUCAGCGGCGAGAUGAAAGUGGUAGACCUUACCUGGGCCCACAAGAAAGGCAUACCCGAGUGGCCAGACAAGGGAAUUCCAAAAUUCAAGUUAACCAUUGGAAAUCGUGGCUUCCUCGCCAAGCUCUGGCAAGAAUUCAACUGGUUUGUUACCCCCGAACACGCAGGAACGCAUUUCGAUUCCCCCGCCCACUUCGCCAAAGGUAAAUGGAGGGCGCAUGAGAUUCCGCCCGAGCGUCUGAUUGGUCCAGCGGUGGUUAUCGACGUGACGUCACAAGCAGAAAGGGAUCACGAUUACAGAGUAACAAAGUCUGACUUCGACAGGUACGAACGAGAGCACGGUCGAAUCCCACACGGUGCCAUUGUACUCAUGAAUUCAGGUUGGGGCGCCCGUUUUCAAGACAAGAAACUUGUUUUCAACAGCGAGAAGGUCGACGACCCCUCUACUUUCCAUUUCCCAGGUUACCACGAGGACGCCAUUUCCUGGCUGUUGACCAAUAGAAAAGUCAGUAUGGUUGGGGUCGACACUCCCUCCUUGGACUACGGGCAGUCGACGACCUUCAGAGUUCACGUGCUGACUGGAGAGAACGGAAUUAUCGGACUGGAAAAUGUGGCUAACAUUGACCAGAUUCCAGUCUUCGGGGCCACAAUAUUUGUAGGAGCAAUGAAGGUGUUCGACGGAAGUGGCGGACCUGCCCGAAUUAUAGCGACCUUUGACCCGCUUGUUUCCCACGAGUACAGGGCAACGUGGAUUGUUGUCAUAGUUACCAGUGUAUUGUUCGGUAUAUAUGGUAUCUAUGGUAUAUAUAGCACGUGUUUCGGGAUACAGAGAGUAGGUGCGAGACAUACUGAAUAAAUUGUUAGGAGACGAGGGAUCAUGUUUAAUUAUUCGUUUAAGGGAGUUACACUGAAUCUGGGAUAAGUUGUAGUGUGACCAAAAGUUUCCAGUUGAGACGUGUGAAUAUGGUACACGGGUUGAGGUAAUUAACAUAACGGUAUUUUUUUAUCGUGACAAUGCCAGUUUAUAUUUAGUUUCUAUAUUUCUGUUGAGUAUACUCAACA